UCUGCUGAGCUUUGCAGAGAGAGACAGAGAGAGAGAUAGAGAGAGAAAGCGCUCAGGGCUUCAGCGAGUUUCAGUUUAGUUUAUUCUUACGUUGCUCUUAGUUGAGUUCUUAAUUAAAACAGUCAUAGAGUGCUAAAAACAAAGGAUAUACACAGGCUUAUGCACUGGAAAACACAUUUUGAAAGUGAGACAUUGAAUGAGUGAAGAAGCAGUGGACACUCAUGAUCAUCUCCUGAGGCAGUGACUGCUUCACCAGAAGAGAUGUGAUCGUUGUGUGACACACACACACACACACACAUAUUGACUAACUCGACACACACAAACACACCUGCUCCAUCUUCAGGUGGUGUUCAAGAGGACUGGAUUGCUGAAACGUGUUUUGUGGAAGCCGGGGGACUGCAUGCAGCCAGCAGACAUGGACUACCUGUGGGGGAUUGUAACGCUGCUGUGGGCUCUCAGCACGCCGGAGAGAGGAGUCGACGCUCAGAGGAGCAAGAACAACGUGCCCCGUCUUAAACUCUCAUAUAAAGAAAUGUUGGAGUCGAACAACUUGCUGACUUUCAACGGAUUGGCCAACAGUUCUGCCUAUCACACGAUUUUAUUGGACGAGGAAAGAGGCCGACUCUUUGUGGGGGCAAAAGACCAUGUCUUGUCCUUCGACUUGAUUGACAUCAACAUGGACCAACAACUGAUAUCCUGGCCUCCUUCAACUUCUCGACGAGAUGAAUGCAAGUGGGCUGGUAAGGACGUCCAGAAGGAAUGUUCGAACUUCAUAAAGGUUCUGCAGUCGUUUAAUCAAACGCACUUGUACGUGUGUGGAACAGGAGCUUUUCAUCCCACCUGUACUUAUGUAGAAGUGGGAAAACGCCCAGAGGACAACAUCUUUCGGCUGUCAUCCUCACAUUUUGAGAACGGCCGGGGAAAAAGCCCCUACGACCCCAAACUGCUGACUGCCUCCCUGCUGAUCGAUGGGGAAUUGUAUGCUGGGACGUCAGCUGACUUCAUGGGACGGGACUUUGCCAUUUUUAGAACAUUAGGCAAGCACCAUCCAAUCAGAACAGAGCAGCAUGACUCCAGGUGGCUCAACGAUCCUAGAUUUGUGAGCGUGCACCUCAUUCCAGAAAGCGACAACCCAGAAGACGACAAGAUCUUUCUGUUCUUUAGAGAAAAUGCCAUUGAUGGGGAACAAAUCAGUAAAGCCACACAUGCCAGAAUUGGACAGUUGUGUAAGAAUGACUUUGGAGGCCACAGGAGUUUGGUGAACAAAUGGACCACAUUUCUAAAAGCCCGGUUGAUCUGCUCUGUUCCAGGCCUGAAUGGCAUUGACACACAUUUUGAUGAACUACAGGAUGUUUUUCUUAUGAGCUCUAAGGAUCCUAAGAACCCUAUUAUCUAUGCUGUGUUUACAACAUCCAGUAACAUCUUUAAAGGCUCAGCGGUGUGCAUGUACAGUAUGGCAGAUAUCAGGAGGGUGUUUCUGGGUCCAUAUGCCCACCGAGAUGGACCCAACUAUCAAUGGGUACCAUUUUUGGGUAGAGUACCGUACCCAAGACCUGGCACAUGCCCCAGCAAAACGUUUGAUGGCUUUGAGUCGACGAAGGACUUUCCUGAUGACGUUAUCACAUUUGCCAGGAGCCACCCAGCCAUGUACAAUCCCGUUUUUCCCAUUAACAACCAUCCUAUCAUAAUCAGAAUUGAUGUGGAUUAUCAGUUUACUCAGAUUGUGGUGGACAGGGUGGAGGCAGAGGAUGGCCAGUAUGAUGUCAUGUUUAUUGGCACUGACAUGGGCACAGUUCUUAAGGUUGUGUCCAUUCCCAGAGGAACUUGGCAUGACCUUGAAGAAGUCCUGCUGGAGGAGAUGACUGUGUUCAGAGAACCGACGGCCAUCACUGCCAUGGAGCUCUCAACAAAGCAGCAACAGCUCUAUCUCGGAUCCUCCAUCGGGGUAUCCCAGAUGCCCCUGCACCGCUGCGAUGUGUACGGCAAAGCUUGCGCUGAGUGCUGCCUCGCACGUGAUCCGUACUGCGCCUGGGAUGGCUCGCAAUGUUCCAGAUACUUCCCUACCGCUAAGAGGAGAACGAGGCGUCAGGAUAUCAGGAACGGAGACCCUUUGACUCAAUGUUCAGAUCUACAGCAUCACGAUGAGGCAGAUGGUGAUAGAGGUCUGCUGGAUAGGACGGUAUAUGGGGUAGAGAAUAGCAGCUCUUUUCUGGAGUGCAGUCCUAAGUCUCAGCGCGCUCUUAUCUACUGGCUGUUUCAGAGACACGGGGAAGACAGAAAACAAGAGAUAAAGUCAGACGAGCGAGUGUUGGGUACAGAACAAGGUCUGUUGAUCCGAACUCUACACCAAAAGGAUUCAGGUGUCUAUUACUGCCACGCCGUCGAGCACGGCUUUAUCCAGACCCUCCUCCGCCUCACCCUCCACGUGAUUCCCACCGACCAACUGGAUGACCUACUGCACCGAGACCCUCCAGACCGGUCCGGUCCAGACGAUCCGGCCAACGGCAAGCUGUGGUAUCGUGACUUCCUGUCUCUCAUCAACCACCCCAGCCCGAACAGCGUCGACCAGCUCUGCGAGCAGGUUUGGAAGAGAGAACGGAAACAGCGUAGGCAGAAAGCCAAUCUCCUGCACGCCAGCCAAUCGCACGCCAGCCAGCUUCUCCAGUCUAGCCAAUCACACGCCAGUAAGUGGAAGCUACUGCAGGAAAACAAGAAAGGGCGCAACCGCAGGACCCACGAGAUGCAGCGGGCACCCCGCAGCGUGUGACCACCCGUACGGCAAAUGAAAAUAUAAAACAUAAGGACGGGAAAGACAAACCGAGGGGAUAGACUGCUACUGUUCCACAGACUGAAAUGCCAAAACGGAAGUGUGAUGUCCCACUCCUGUUGAGAGCAUGUGUGUAUGAGAGAGAGUUAUUUACUUUAUAAAUCCGAGCACACAAUCAUUCGCACCUACAGUAUGUAUUCUGACUCUGAGAGGACAUGAUGGACCUUCAGGUUCCGUUAAAAUAUGGACUACCUGUAAAUAUGACACAUUAUAAAAAUAUACUGUGAAACAGGUUUCAGUCUGUAAAAAAGUCUGUUUCAAAUCAUGAGGGACAAAAAUAAACAUGGGGAAUACGGAAACACCACUGCUUAACCUCUGUUUAGCUGAAGCACAACCCCAGUGCAUCCUGGGUAAUGCGCCUGUUAGUUAUAUUAUGUGUAUAGAGUGUGUUGACCUUAACAUAUACUGUAUAUCUUUGUAUCAAAAUGGAAAAGUAGGCACUGCUGUUACGUAUCCAUUUAGUGAGAACAUGAAUUGUUUCUUUCUGGUCCUCUGUUCUCCUUUAUCUGUCUUCAUCAUGUUUUCUAUUAUCCGCUCCGAAAAACAACACCUCAGCAAAUCCAUUAAUGGACCUGUGUUGUUCCUCUAAAUAAGCUCUUCCAGAAAAGAAAAGAAAAGAAAAGAAAAGAAAAGAAAAGAAAAAAAAACAAUGCAACAAAAACGUUUUCCUGCUAUUUUUUUAGAUCAAUAUUUAAUUUUGUACUGUGCCAGAGUAUAUCUAAAAUAUGACAUAACAGAUUUAUUUUAUUAUUAGUUUUCCUCGUUUUAAACCACUGCGUUGAGGGUACAUCAGCUCUCUUCACUAACUCUUUUUCCUCAGUUAAGUUAUUAUUGUUGACAUGAUUUAAUCUAUGUUUAUAAAAACCGUGUGUGAAAUACAGUGGCUUUUAUUUAAGGGGUGCUGUCACUAUGUUGCUUUUUGUCAUGUUUACAUGUUACAUGUAUUUGGAAAAUACGGCUUUUCAGGACAUUUACGAAAGACCAAGACUGACUACUUCAUCACAUCUGUGAAAAGUGUCUCUGCUUAACAAAAUUCUGUGCAACUUCAUUUAGCAUGACCUGUAUAACUACAGAGAUACAGAUUAAAGAGUUUAGAAUUGUAUUGGCGGCAGUAAAGUGUUAAAAUAGGUUUUUCUUCUUUUUGAGAAAUACUUACUGUACAUUUAAAGUUAACAUGAAAUACUGUCUGCAACCCAUUUAACUUCCACAAUGUAGUGUACUUUCAAUUGAAACUGGAUAUUCAACAAGAUGUUAUUUUGUCUUUUGUGAAUUGGUUGGAUUGUGAAUGGUGGGUGGCCAGACUUGAAUAGAGCCAAACCUUCAAACCUCCAAAGCCAAAAAGUCCCAUCAUAAAACAACACUGGCGCCUACUGGUUAAAACCUAUGUGACGUUGGUGAUGUCAGCCACAAACAAACAUCUCUGGUGAAUUUUUCUAACAUUUUUGAACGAUGUGCACUGCUGAGUCGCACAAGAAGACCCGAGACAUAAAAGACAAAAAAAGGUCAUUGUGGUUUCAUGUUGACUUUAAAUGCGAGAGGGAAAGUGAGGACAGUUUUAUUGUAUUGCAUAACAGACUGAGGCUGUCUCUCGAUACAGUUAUGGCUGAGUUGAGGAGAGGACAGUGUGACACAAAACUGGUCUGGGAUCAGAAACGGAGAACUUCUGCUUUUGGGCCUCCCAUUGCUUUACUUUUCUCAGUACAUUACAUCACAUUACUUUUAUUCAUUUGGCAGAUGCUUUUAUUCAUUUGGCAGAUGCUUUUAUCCAAAGCGACGUACAAGUAGGAGAGCAUAUAAACAGUACGUGUUUUCCUCUUGUUGAGGCCAUACAAGCACGCUCGCACCUACAGCACACAUACAGUAUAUCAGAAUGUAGCUGUGAACAUAUAGACUAUUUAUGAAAAAAUGGUCCAAAAUAUGCCACUGUGUACAAACUGCAUGUGAAUUUACAACACCACUCAUUUCUAUAUUUGUUUAGUUGCUGUCUGUUUUUGUCUGGCGACUUUGUCUGACACCAGGUGGUGCUCAGACGGUGACAGAUGGUGUUAUUGAACUACAGCUUUUUCCCAAUGGACUCUUUUCACUUUGUAGUAAUAUCUAAGCAUACCAACAAGAAUCCAUUGGUUGGACUGUAAACGAAAGGACUUUCAGUACUUAACUCAACAGUAUGUGGUUGUCGUUCUGUUUGAUGGAUCUUAUGAUCUUUCGACAAAAAAGAACACCUGCCUUGCUCAGACUUUCACACGGACUCUUCACUCUUCUGAACUGAUUAAAACAAGGGACGAAGUAAUAGACAUGAUAAUGCUGCUGUAAAUUGUUCGUUUUUGGCAUGCAUUCUGCUGUUCAAAUAAAUGUGUCUUCUAAAAAACCUGUUCAGAAAGGCUGAUGGGUGGGUGUGCUAUAUUACUGAUUGCUUUGGCUGUACCACCGUGUUCUGGGUCCUGCUGCACCUGGGCUCAAGGAAAACCAUUCUUGUUUUAUUUCUCUUUCCUCUCAUGCUGGAGUUCAGUGUGUUCUCACCUCCUAAUACUGCUGAGAAAAGCAAAAACGUAAAGUUCAAGGUGAAAUCUGUGAAGCUCUUACAAUAAUGCAUGGAGAGCAAAAACAAUGUUAUUCAAUGACGUUUGAUGACACUGAGCAAUGGAGAAUUCUAGGACACAAUUAAUAGUUUUUGUAUGUGAUUAAAGUAUCUCUUCUCUGGUUCUAUAAGAAU